UUUGGAUGAGUCACAUGCAUUGCCAAUGCCAUAUUCCGCUAACUGAGUUGCGAGCGCUUCACAGUUGAGUGUUUGGUGUAUCAAAUCAAUGGCGGAUAAUAUGCUUUCCAUUUUCUUCCUAUUCCUUCUUUCUCUCUUCGCGUCGAUCUCCGCACAAAAGGAGUUCGUGCUCACUUUGGACCGCUCCAACUUCUCCAACACCGUCACCAAACACAACUUCAUCGUCGUCGAGUUCUACGCACCUUGGUAAUGGUGUGGCCACUGUAUGAAGCUUGCUCCAGAGUAUGAGAAAGCUGCUUCUAUCUUGAGUAGCCAUGAUCCUCCGGUUCUUUUGGCUAAAGUUGAUGCCAAUGAAGAAAAGAACAGAGAAAUUGCAAACGAAUUUCAGGUUCAGGGAUUUCCAACCAUUAAGAUUCUGAGAAAUGGGGGCAAGGUUGUUCAAGAUUACAAAGGUCCCCGUGAAGCAGACGGCAUUGUUGACUAUUUGAAGAAGCAAAGUGGUCCUGCAACAACAGAAAUUAAAUCUGCUGAUGAUGCUAAAGUUUUGAUUGGCGAAAAUAAAGUUGUUAUUGUUGGGGUUUUCCCAAAAUUUUCUGGGGAGGAGUUUGAGAACUUUAUUGCAUUGGCAGAGAAAUUGCGUUCUGAAUAUGAUUUUAGUCACACCUUGGAUGCCAAACACCUUCCACGUGGAGAAUCAUCAGUGGCUGGGCCAAUAGUUAGAUUAUUCAAGCCAUUUGAUGAACUUUUCGUUGACUUCCGGGAUUUCCAUUUCGAAGCUUUAGAGAAAUUUGUUGAAGAAUCUAGUGUCCCCGUUGUGACUGUCUUUAACAAUGACCCAAGCAAUCACCCCUUUGUUGUCAAAUUCUUUGACAAUCCACAUGUGAAGGCAAUGAUGUUCAUCAACUUCACUGCUGACACUGCUGAUUCUCUCAAAUUAAAAUACCGUGAAUCUGCCGAGCAAUAUAGACAACAUGACAUAAGCUUUCUAGUGGGAGACAUUGAGGCUAGUCAAGGUGCAUUCCAGUAUUUUGGUCUUAAGGAAAACCAAGUGCCUUUAAUCGUCAUUCAACAUAAUGAUGGGAAGAAGUUUCUGAAAACUAAUUUGGAACCUGAUCAUAUUGCAACUUGGUUGAAGGCAUACAAGGAUGGAAAUGUUGAACCAUAUAAGAAGUCUGAACCUAUUCCUGAAGUUAACAAUGAACCUGUUAAAGUGGUAGUUGCAGACAGUCUUCAUGACAUUGUUUUCAACUCAGGGACAAAUGUUUUGCUGGAGUUUUAUGCUCCUUGGUGCGGUCAUUGCAAAACGUUGGCUCCGAUAUUAGAGGAAGUUGCUGUUUCAUAUCAAAGUGACCCUGAUGUUUUUAUUGCAAAACUGGAUGCAACUGCCAAUGAUAUACCAAGGGAGACUUUUGAUGUACAAGGUUAUCCAACUAUGUACUUCAGGUCAUCAAGUGGAAAGAUAUCACAGUAUGAUGGAAAUAGGACGAAGGAAGACAUUAUAGAUUUUGUUGAAAAGAACCGAGAUAAACUGGAUCAGCAAGAACAAGUAAAAGAUGAGCUUUGAAUAAGGGAUGCAGCUGUUCCUCUCUGAGGAUAUUUAUACACACGCUAAGUUAUGUGUAGGAUCUUCAUAUCUUCGUAGGUUUAAAUUAAGGAUCUUAGUUUCUUUGCUUAUCUUUUAUCCUUUCAGUUUUGUUAUCAUUUAUACGUUUUCUGUCUGAAUUAAGUAGAUUUUUUUUCCUUGGGGUAGUGUUAGCUUGACAAUAAAAAAUUGUGGCUGUAAAUUCCUUUAAUCCUUGUUAAACCAGUAGAUCCUUUAGAUCACCAAUGAAUUUUCCAUAUCUCUUUGAUA